CGGAAGAGUUCCGACCCCGCUGCGCACGGAAGGUCUACUUCCUCGUCCGCAAACAGCACGCCGAUGCUACCGCCCCCGACGCUCCUUGCCAAUAACGAUGUUGAUGAAUCGCCGCGGAGCUAUUUGCCAGAAGUAGAAGAGAAUCAUCUUGUACAUCAACCGGGCGCUCGCAGUUUGAGUUCUUGUGUGGACAUAAUGAAGAACUGGGACGAGGAGAAAUACGUUCGCACGAAACAAGACUACCACGUGGAGCAGCAGAGCAAAGCGCAUCUUCUAGCGGGCCACGAGGGCCGCAGCUCGAAUGAUCAGGAAAGCGACGGGUUGCAGGAGCUGCACCCAUUUGACCAGAGUAGUCCUGGUGGCGGCGGUGGAUUCGUGGGGUCGGAGCUCGCGGUGGACAAUUUGCCGGAAGUAGAAGCUGCGUCAACCUCAUCUAAAGUAGAACCACGUGCCGACAUCGAAGAAAUAAUCGUGUUGGCAAGGAAAAUUUACUCAUCUCUAGCGGAGGAGAAGGAGAGCGAAGACUUUGGUGGCGCAGUUGUCAAAAAACCGUCUUCAAGCAACGGCAGGUGGUUUUCCGAACAGGAAGACAAAAUGGAUCUACCACGGAUGAAGAACAUUUCACGCGACGCCGACGUGCAAGACCUUCUCCCAACUCCGCAGGCGGUGCAAAGUCACGCGCUGCUGCGGUUAGUCGAACGAAAAGCUCUAGCGGUGCAAAAAGCCGGUUUAGACAGGUGGCGGCUGCGGGAUACGGCGAAGCAGGUGCUAGAUGCACAGCGCGACCGCUUGGAGAAAUUUUUCAUUGCGCAACAAGGAAAGAACAACAAUUCCUUCAUACGCCUUGACCGAGCGAAAUUUGCCGUGAAAGUUGUAUCGCCAACAACAUCAUCGUGUGAAAAUGAGAAUGAAAUCGUAAAAACCUGUCUCAUUUCCGGCCUUUUCCUGCGUCACACUUUCUUCUGCUGGCGGUCCCUAGCGGCCGAGCACCGCAGAAUGCGACGGCAAUUCGCCAUCGUCGGCGUGGUCACGGCGCUCGACAAGCUAGUUCGAAAAGCGGUAUGGCGGACUGGGUGGAAGGAGCUUGCACGCCCAGUGAACGACCAAACGUCUUCUUGUCCGUCUAGAAGUUUUGUUCCGGCGUUUUCUCCCGCCACGACAGCCGCCUCGCCCUCAGACGCUGAGUUGCAGUCCUACCAACACCAGCAGCAAAGUUUUUCAUCCGCGCGAAUGAGCAAUUCGAGCCGACCGUCCUCCAUGCCAUCCGCCGCGGGUCCCGUCCGUGGCCAGCACGGGUUGGUCGACUUACGCCUACACGAUCAGAACUUUCGCGGCAACGAUCCGCUGCUAUCUUCCCAGCGUGGUCAUCUUCGUGGGAACACCAGCGGCCGUGCAUCGUCAAGUGGCGCACCCUCGCCAAACCGCAGCGGUGGAAGACCCCCACCCCUAGUGUAUAAUUCCUCGUCUAGUAGUAGUCUCACGCCCAACCGCAGUGGCCGCUCCCGGCUUCCGUCCCUUUCUGCGCGGAGUAACGCGCGGGACAUAUGAAUUGCAACUGUAUCGUAUUCCUCGUGCUAAUCGUACUCAGGCAUGACAGAUCGAUCUCUUACCUAAUCCAGCAUGAGAAACUGCGUUUUGGUUCUUGGAAAUUUGUGAUGCAAAUCGUACUAGUACGAUGCUUUUGCAAUGCAUAGGGCAGUUCCGUGGACAAUUUUUCGGAGUCGAAUUUCAGUCGGGCGGAAUCUGGCUGGACCGGCGUCUCCGCGCAGGAGUGGGAGGACCGGUAUACCCAGUUGCAAACGGAACUGGAGCUGUCGAAGGCGGAGCUUUUGCUGCAGCAGAAGAUCUUCGACGAAGAGAAAAAAGAAAUUUUGAAGAAAUCAAAAAACGGCGGUGGAUCAUUAUACGGGCCACCUGGUGCUGGAGCAGCGGCCGGCGGCCUCUCGUCUUCCACGACUUUUGGCCUCUCCUCCUUCGGCCAGCGCGAAGCGGAGAGGAUCAGAAAAGAAACCGUCGUUUUGCAGAAGUUCCAAUGGGGCCGGGGGGUUUUGUCCCGGAAACUCAAUUCGGCGAAGUGCAUGAGCAGGAUCUUUCUCUUGCUGGAGCCGACGGUGAAAAAAUCUUCGAAAGGCGGCUCAUCGUCAAAGCAGCAGGAUUUGGCGUUUUCUUGGUCCGAAAGAACACGGUUUAUGACGAAAACGACGAAAAAAGUGUCACUGGACAAGAGCUCGGCGCGAGGUAUGAGGCUGGAAAUUUAAUACGUUCUGCGUUUCCUUGGGUUUUGGUUUUGCUGUCGUGAAUUCAAAGUAUUUGCGUUGUAUUAAAUCGAAAAGCUAGGCGCGCUACGCAACAAGCACCAAUUGCGAACGCUAUCCCGCCAAUCUUCAUCACCAAGGUCUCUCCCACACUUACCGAUCUAGUUGGAAGUUUCUCCCGGAUUCCAACCCGGCGCUGGCGUUUGUGCUCGUCGGCAAGGACCGCGAUCUGGAACUGAUCGCCCCGACUUUUUCCCAGUUCCUCAACUGGUUUCUCGGCCUCCAGUACCUCAUCUUUAUCCGGACGAAGGACGGGCUGAGCACUCUGACCUGGAACUUCCAGGACAGCGAGGACAUCUCCAACCAACUGAUCUGGAACGCAACCCGGCGCGCGCCGCUUUUGUUGACCCGGAGACAGCUAGUGUUCCGCUACGUCCGACGAAAGCUGCUGUUGCAAGCGCGGGGGGACCGGGAACGGCUGCGCUAUUGGCUGUUAGUGGCCGUGCAGGAAGCCGCGGCGACGCUGCUGGGGGUCUAUUUGAAAUGAGGAAACGCUCACAGCCUCAAAGUUGUCACCCUUGCUAGCGUCGAAAUGUUGGAAUUUGCUUCCCCAUACAUACGACCGGGACCGUCGUCAACCACACCACAAGUACAGCUCCAAGAGGAAAGAAGACACAUGUCGCACAUUUGUGUCUGAA